AUGAAUAAAAAGGACCUUGUGGUGGGUACAGUGAGUGUUUUUUUUGGCGGAUCUGUCGGUCGAGUGUCGGCGUGGGCUUUGAGGGAAAAUUGCCAAUCUGGUCUCUCUUUAAUUAUCUCGAUUGGAUCCAAAUCAAGAGAAGGAAGCAAAGCAUCUUCCGCUUCUUCUUCCACAUCUUCCGCUUCACAUCCUUCCCUUUGCUCUGGGAAAAUGGAGCUCGAUGCUGAUCAUGGCGGCGGGACCAAGGGGCUAAAACAGCAGGUGUGCCAGAUCUGCAGCGAUGGAAUUGGGAAAACUGUGGAUGGGGAUUCCUUCGUUGCUUGCCAAGUUUGUGCCUUCCCGGUCUGCCGGCCUUGCUACGAGUACGAGCGGAAAGACGGCACUCAGUCCUGCCCACAGUGCAAGACUAAGUACACUAGGCACAGAGGAAGCCCGCCGAUUCACGGGGAACAGGUGGAUGACGGGGAGCUGAAGGAUUUGGGGAGCAAGUCAGCUUCUCACCCCACAGCAGGGAUUCAAGAUGAGAAGCACAAGAUCGAUCGGAUGCUGGGGUGGGAGUCUGGUUCUGGCCGUAAAGACUAUUUCCCUUAUGCAGCCAGUAGACCUUCGGUAUGGUCUUGGGAAGUUGGAUCAUUGCAGAUGUCUGGGGAACUAUCUGCUGCAUCUCCUGGGCGUUACUCCAUGGCUUCUCCUGAGAGUGGCAGCAGAGCCACCAUCAGACUGGGGGAUGGACAGAGGGAAUAUGCCGCCGGUGGGUUCGGCAAUGUAGCCUGGAAAGAGAGAAUUGAUGGUUGGAAGAUGAAGCCAGAGAAAAGUGCAGCUCCACCAAGUGUUAGUAAUGCACCUUCAGAAGGCAGAGGCGGUGUAGAUUUUGAUGCCAGCACUGAUGUGCUUAUGGAUGAUUCCUUACUGAAUGAUGAAACUCGUCAACCGCUUUCCAGGAAGGUUCCAAUUCCUUCGUCCAAAGUUAACCCCUACAGGAUGGUCAUUGUGCUGCGGCUUGUCAUCCUUUGCAUCUUCUUUCACUACCGGAUAACAAAUCCAGUCUGGGAUGCCAUUCCCUUGUGGUUGAUUUCUGUAAUUUGUGAGAUCUGGUUCGCAGUAUCAUGGAUAUUGGAUCAGUUCCCCAAAUGGUUCCCUGUGAACAGAGAGACUUAUCUUGACAGGCUAUCGCUUAGAUAUGAAAAAGAAGGAGAACCAUCUCAAUUAGCUUGUGUUGACAUCUUUGUCAGUACAGUGGAUCCUUUGAAGGAACCUCCACUUGUCACAGCUAAUACGGUGCUGUCAAUUCUUGCAGUAGACUAUCCCGUGGACAAAGUUUCUUGCUAUGUUUCAGAUGAUGGAGCUUCUAUGUUGACUUUUGAAGCCUUAGCUGAAACAGCUGAAUUCGCUAGAAAGUGGGUUCCUUUCUCCAAGAAAUACAGCAUUGAGCCACGAGCUCCAGAGUGGUAUUUUGCUCAGAAAAUUGACUAUUUGAAAGACAAGGUUCAGCCUUCAUUUGUCAAAGACCGAAGAUCCAUGAAGAGAGAAUAUGAAGAAUUUAAGAUUCGUGUCAAUGGGCUUGUGGCCAAGGCACAAAAGGUUCCGGAGGAAGGAUGGUUCAUGCAAGACGGUACCCCAUGGCCUGGUAACAAUACCAGAGAUCAUCCAGGAAUGAUUCAGGUUUUCUUAGGCCACAGCGGAGGGCUCGACAGUGACGGCAAUGAACUUCCACGGCUAGUAUAUGUAUCUCGUGAAAAACGUCCUGGCUUUAUGCAUCACAAAAAGGCUGGUGCCAUGAAUGCUCUUGUGCGUGUUUCUGCAGUUCUGACUAAUGGGCCGUUCUUGUUGAAUCUUGAUUGUGACCAUUACAUAAACAACAGCAAGGCAUUGAGAGAAGCUAUGUGUUUUCUAAUGGAUCCUAAUCUUGGGAAAUCAGUAUGUUAUGUCCAGUUUCCACAGAGGUUUGAUGGUAUUGACAAGAACGAUCGAUAUGCCAACAGAAACACUGUGUUCUUUGAUAUGAAUUUGAGAGGAUUGGAUGGCAUCCAAGGACCUGUCUAUGUGGGCACAGGGUGUGUGUUCAACAGGACAGCAUUGUAUGGCUAUGAGCCUCCCUUCAAGCCUAAGCAUAGUAAACCAGGGUUCUUAUCUUCAUGCUUCGGUGGUUCCAGAAAGAAGAAAUCAAGCCGAAAAGAAAAGAAAAACUCGAGCAAGCAUGUUGACCCUACUGUCCCAGUCUUCAAUCUAGAAGAUAUAGAAGAAGGGGUUGAAGGUGCUGGAUUUGACGAUGAGAAGUCACUGCUUAUGUCACAAAUGACACUAGAGAAGAGGUUUGGCCAAUCGGCAGUUUUUGUUGCUUCAACACUAAUGGAAAAUGGCGGUGUUCCUGAAUCUGCCGAACCAGAGGCUCUCCUGAAAGAAGCUAUCCAUGUGAUUAGUUGCGGGUAUGAAGACAAGACAGACUGGGGACAAGAGAUCGGAUGGAUUUAUGGUUCAGUCACAGAAGAUAUCCUGACAGGAUUCAAGAUGCAUGCUCGUGGUUGGAAAUCAAUCUAUUGCAUGCCUGAGCGCCCUGCAUUCAAAGGUUCUGCCCCCAUCAAUCUAUCUGAUCGUCUGAAUCAAGUGCUUCGAUGGGCUUUGGGUUCAGUCGAAAUUCUCUUCAGUCGCCAUUGCCCUAUGUGGUAUGGCUAUGGUGGAAGGCUUAAAUUUCUCGAGAGAUUUGCCUAUGUCAAUACCACCAUUUAUCCUAUCACAUCCAUUCCUCUUCUAGCCUACUGUACACUGCCAGCUGUCUGUCUCCUUACCGGAAAGUUCAUUAUUCCUCAGAUCAGUAACAUUGCCAGUAUCUGGUUCAUAUCCCUCUUUCUUUCAAUCUUCGCAACGGGUAUUCUGGAAAUGAGAUGGAGCGGAGUUGGGAUCGAUGAGUGGUGGAGGAACGAACAGUUCUGGGUUAUUGGAGGAGUGUCAGCUCAUCUGUUUGCUGUGUUCCAAGGCCUGCUCAAAGUCCUAGCUGGAAUAGAUACCAACUUCACCGUGACGUCCAAAGCAUCCGACGAGGAUGGAGAUUUUGCUGAGCUGUACUUGUUCAAGUGGACGACUCUACUGAUCCCACCCACCACUUUACUCGUGAUCAACCUCGUCGGAGUGGUUGCUGGAGUCUCCUACGCCAUUAACAGCGGUUACCAGUCAUGGGGACCUCUCUUUGGUAAGCUCUUCUUUGCCUUCUGGGUGAUCAUUCAUCUCUACCCGUUCCUGAAAGGUCUGAUGGGUCGUCAGAAUAGAACCCCCACCAUUGUUAUCGUGUGGUCCAUCCUUCUUGCUUCCAUCUUCUCGCUGCUGUGGGUCCGUAUCGACCCGUUUACUACCAAGGUCACCGGGCCUGAUGUUGAGAUGUGUGGAAUCAACUGCUAGUUAGAGGGAAAAGAAAAGGUACAGUUAUUCUAAGCUGUAGCUUGACAUUCGAAGAAGAAUCACGAGGAUGCCUGCCUGCCUUCCUUCCCUGGGCGUUUGUUGUUUAGCCAUGUGAAGAACUUGGGAGACGUCGAAUUGUGUUGAUCAAUGCAAUAAGGGUGGAUGUAUUUAUAUGAUAAGAUAUCCUGUGCUGGUCAGUUAUUGCUUUUCAAGUUCUGAUUCUUUAGUUCUUUGGACAUUCAGCGCCAUUGCUCCGUUGUAAUUUAUACAUGUGUUGGAAUUUGGAAAGGACGGUCCUUUUUAAUUGUUUGAUAGUUACUUCGGGCAGGGUAGAGCUGCUACUGUUUUUGUGUAAUCUUGUAUGUUGAAUACUGGACAUGAAAUGAAAAUGGUUUUGAUACCCAACUUUGGCCCUCCUUCCUUGUUCUGCCUUAUUAUCGAUUCUGAUGCUCAACUCACUCUUUAGUAGGGUUUAGCUAGAGGAUAUUCUUUGUCUCAUAUCUCAAAUAGUUUUCUGGUAUUUCGUGCUACAUUUUAAGUAUUAUGAAUAGAGCUGCCCAUUUGGUCGCGAUACAAGCCCUUCCGUCGGGUGGUUGUUCAUAUA